AUGCAAUCAAUACUACAGUACCGGCGCUUCAAGCGCACACUGGAAGUCCAAUUGGAAAGAGACCAGGCCAAAGCAGAUGCUCUCCGACGAGGCCAGUACACGAGCAAUCAGCCAGACUCACCGACGCCUGCGUCGGUAGACGAGGAGAAGAAAUCAUUCGAGCAGGACAUUGAGCGCGCCGACUUUACCAACACAGCAUCACACGCGACCCGACCGGCUGGAGCUUCAUCGCAAGUUGGCACUGUGUUGACCGGCAUACAAAUUAGGAAGCGGACCACGAGAGAAGGAGGAGAUGGACAUGUCUUUGUGGUCGCGGGUAUGAAGGAGAGAACGACCCACAGGAUCCGCACAAUUGGCCGCUUUAGAAGCGCAUACGAUGCACCUUCUUGGUUGCAAGCAUCGGUUGUGUCGUCGGUCUUGCUUCUUCUAUCGAUAGCAGUGCUCUGCCUCAAGCCGCUGCAGAGUUCGGCGUUGCUGAGGUAG